AUGUCACAAAAAGAGACCAAAAAAAAAGUUAUAUCUCAAAAGGAUUAUCUAAAAAGAUAUCUUUCUGGUGGAAAAAAGAAGAAAGACAAAACUAAAAUUCAAAAAAGAGUACAAAUUAUUGAUGACAAUAUUGAUUGUGUUGAAAAUGAAAAUGAAAAUAACAUUGGAUUUGAUCCAGUUGAUGAGUUUGCACCUCAAAUAGUAGGCGUUAUUGAUGAAAGGCCUAAAGAUAUUAAAACAUUGGACAUGUACAAAAAUAAAAAUCGGUGGAAACGAAUAGGUGGUGAUAGUGACAUUGAAGAAGAUUCUACUAAAAUUGACGUUGAUCAAGUCAACAAUUAUGUGCAAAAAAUGAAUAAAUCUACUUUAAAUGAUCUAAUAAAAGAGAAAAACGAAGAGUCAAUAGAAAAUGGUAUACCUAUUAGACGUGACCGAAAAACUGGUAAGAAACGAGAUCUCAAAAGAGAAAGUGAAGAAGAAAAAAAGAAAGAAGUAUUAUUAAAAGAACAUAAAGCAAAAUAUGCUAUAUGGGGAAAAGGUGUAAAACAAGUCAAGGAUGCUCAGGAACAAUACCAGUCUGAUUUACAUGAGAUGCAAAAACCAUUAGCAAGAUAUGCAGACGAUCAAGACCUUGAGAAUUUGUUGAAGUCUAAAAUCAGAGAUGGAGAUCCAAUGCUCGAAUAUAUAACAAAAAAUAAAGGAUCAGGCGAAGAUUCUCCUGAUGGUGUGAGACAUGAAGUAAGAGAAUUUCGAGGGUUUUGUCCACCAAAUAGGUUUGGCAUACGUCCAGGAUUUGCAUGGGAUGGUGUAGACAGAUCAAAUGGUUAUGAACAGAAAUGGUUAUUGCAGCUGAAUUCUCAGAAAGCUGUGGAAGAUGAAGCAUACAAAUGGAGCAUUUCUGACAUAUACAUACAAACUUACAUUAUUGAAAACAGGUAUUAA